AUGCCCAGUGCAAACCUUGCCGCAUACCUAGCGAAGAACUAUCUCACAGCUUCCACGUCUCAGUCUCCUUCCCAAUCUGCCUCGUCAGAUUUCCAAGAUUCGACUCGCCCAAAGAAGAAGCGGCGCAAGAAUAAGGAUGAACCCGUCGAAGGUGGACUGGUAAUCGCUGACGAUGACGAAUCCCUGUCCCUCCGAGGCACCGCUUCAAGAGGAAAGUUUGGGGAGGAAGAAGAAGAUGGAGACGUACCAAUAUUUGAAGCUGGCGUCAAGUCUGCAGAGUUCAGGAAAAAGAAAGGUGGAGGAAGCUGGAAGGUUGUCGCGACUGCAGCUUCGACGACUUCCUUGACGUCGGGAAAUAGGGAUGAGGACCAGGAAGCAGACAGGAUCCUUGCUGAAGCCGCGGAAGAAUCUCGACUGCGCCGCCAGGAGAUCGAGGAUGAAGACGCUCCUACGAUUGUUGAAGAGAAAGACGGCGGCCCUCGCAUGCAGUCUGGCAUUCGGGCCGGUCUCCAGACUGCUGCGGACACCGCCGCCCUGGUCGAGAAGGAAGAGCGUGAAAAGCAAAAGGAACUUGAAUCACUCAAUUCGAGGACCAAAUCAACGAAACACAAGGAUCGACCAGUUAAGGAAGAGGAAACCAUCUACCGUGACGCCACCGGCCGACGCAUCGACGUCAGCCUGAAGCGAGCAGAAGCUCGAGCCGCAGCGGAGGAGAAGGCGCGAGCCGAAAGGAAAGCAAAGGAGGAUGCCAUGGGUGAUGUGCAGCGGCGGGAGCGGGAAGAACGUAGGAAAGAAUUGGAGGAAGCGAAAUUCCUGAGUCUAGCCCGGGGCGUGGACGAUGAAGCGAUGAACGAUGAGCUACGUGCUAAAAUCAGGUGGGAUGACCCUAUGGCUGAGUACAUGGCACAACAACAAGCGGAAGAAGCAACAACGGAGCGCGCUGUAUCAACGAAAAAUUCUGGGAAGGUGGCAGUGAGGAAGAAGGUUUAUACAGGUCCUCCAGCCGCCCCGAAUCGGUAUGGAAUCCUCCCGGGCUGGCGGUGGGAUGGGGUCGAUCGAAGUAAUGGCUUUGAAAAAGAAUGGUUCCAGGCCCGUUCCAAGAGAGGGAGAGAAGAAGAGUUGCGGUAUCAAUGGCAGAUGGAUGAGUGA